GCUUUGAUGGAAUGUCAGAUAUUGAAAAUGUCUCCCAGCCUGUUCAUCCUUCUGUUUCUCACACCUGGUAUUUUAUGCAUUUGUCCUCUCCAAUGUAUAUGCACAGAGAGGAACAGGCAUGUGGACUGUUCAGGCAGAAACUUGACUGCGUUACCAUCUGGACUGCAAGAGAAUAUUAUCCAUUUAAACCUGUCUUAUAAUCACUUUACUGAUCUGCAUAACCAGUUAACCCAAUACACCAAUCUGAGGACCCUGGACAUUUCAAACAACAGGCUAGAAAGCCUGCCUGCUCAGUUACCUCGGUCCCUCUGGAACAUGUCUGCUGCUAACAACAACAUUAAACUGCUUGACAAAUCUGAUACUGCUUAUCAGUGGAACCUUAAAUAUUUGGAUGUUUCUAAGAAUAUGCUGGAAAAGGUUGUCCUCAUUAAAAAUACACUAAGAAGUCUUGAGGUUCUCAACCUCAGUAGUAACAAACUUUGGACAGUUCCAACCAACAUGCCCUCUAAACUACAUAUCGUGGACCUGUCUAACAAUUCCUUGACACAAAUCCUCCCAGGAACACUAAUAAAUCUGACAAAUCUCACGCAUCUUUACCUGCAUAACAAUAAGUUUACAUUCAUUCCAGAUCAAGCUUUUGAUCAACUCUAUCAAUUGCAAGAGAUAACCCUUUACAAUAACAGGUGGUUAUGUGACCACAAACAAAACAUUACUUACUUGUUGAAAUGGAUGAUGGAAACAAAAGUCCAUGUGAUAGGCACUCCCUGUACUAGCCAAAUAUCAUCUUCGAAGGAACAUAACAUAUACCCUACACCUUCUGGAUUUACCUCAAGCUUGUUCACUGUAAGUGGGAUGCAGACAGUGGACACCAUUAACUCUCUGAGUAUGGUAACCCAAUCCAAAGUGACCAAAAUACCCAAACAAUAUCGAACAAAGGAAACAACGUUCGGUGCCACUGUAAGCAAAGAUACCACCUUUACUAGCACUGAUAAGGCUUUUGUGCCCUAUCCAGAAGAUGCAGCCACAGAAUUGAUCAGUUCACAUGAAGCAGCAGCUGCAACUCUAACUAUUCAUCUCCAAGAUGGAAUGGUUACCAACACAAGCUUCAGCAGCUCAACAAAAUCACCCCCAACACCCAUGACCCUAAGUAUUACUAGUGGCAUGCCAAAUAAUUUCUCUGAAAUGCCUCAACAAAGCACAACCCUCAACUUACGGAGGGAAGAAACAACCACAAAUGCAAAGACUCCCUUACCUUCUAUGGCAAGUGCUUGGAAAGUAAAUGCUUCAUUGCUCUUAAUGCUCAAUGCUGUGGUCAUGCUGGCUGUCUGAGGGUCUGCAUUUUCUGAAACUAAUGAGAGAACUCCUCCCUGAUGUAUAGUUGGGAAAAUAUGCCCCUAUCUAACCAGUGAUUCAAAAACCAUAUUAAGUAUUCAAGAAAGCCAGUCUUACAUUUCUGACACUGAUGUAAAUGAAGUAACUUGUCUUAAAUAAAAGAAGUGCACAAUGUCUUGGUACUUGCUGCUAUUUUAUUGUCUUAAGUAAAACUAAUGAGUUUUUUUAAUGAAAUGUUUUCUUUUUAAAGCUUCAAUUUAUUGCUCAAAAUAUAAAGCAUCUAAACUUUAAUAUGUAUUUUAUGUAUGUUUACACUGUCAAACAUCUGGGAAAAAAUAAAAGGUCUAUCCUCA